CGUGUGCACGUCGUUUGUUCGAGGAAUCGAUCGCGACCGACGUUUUACGGUGAUUACACGAUCUAGAAUAAUUUAUGUCGACAAGCAUACGAGGUGCGUGACGGAUUCGUGCGUGCGACACUCGUCAGGUUUGUUCUUUGGAAGUUGAUUCAAUGAAUCAUUAAGAAUGGCUGACACAGAGUCAGUUACGGAACAUACAGAAGAAUCAGAGAAACAAGAUGAUCCUAUGAAGAACUAUGAGUUUGACGGCCAAACUUAUAUCUAUACUGACAAAGCAACAAACAUUACCUACAAAUUUGACCAAGAGAACAAUAAAUGGGUGGUGAAGGAAGAUAAUAAAGAAAGCGUUGAUAAGAAGGAGAGCUCCGAUAAUAAGAAUUCUGAUGGGAUGAAAAAGAAAGAAAGCAUUUGUCCUGAAGUUAGUGCAACUGGUGCUUUUGGCUUUGAGAACGACACACAUACUUAUACAGAUCCAAAUGAUGGCAGCGUGUACUUCUGGGACAAAGAAAAGAACGCCUGGUUUCCAAAAGUUGAUGAGGAUUUCAUGGCUAGAUACCAGAUGAAUUACGGUUUCACAGAUACCAGCGUAUCGCAGCCAAAACCACCAGAACCUGAACAACCUCCGCCUCCACAAAAGGCUAAGGAAGAGAAGGAGCAGAGGAAAGCAGAAGCCAAGCGAAAAGCUCAGGAACCACCAACUUGGUUUGAGGUCGACGAGGCGCACAACACCGCUAUCUACGUAUCGGGCCUACCUCUGGAUAUUACUAUAGAAGAACUCACGCAACUUUUCGCCAAGUGUGGCCUCAUAGCAAGGGAUGAGAGAGGGAAGGACAAGAUCAAACUCUACAAAGAUGGCAAUGGUGAACCAAAGGGGGAUGCUCUCUGCACCUACAUCAAGGUCGAGUCGGUGGAUCUGGCGCUGAAAAUCUUAGACGUCUCGCAAAUCCGAGGAAAAACGCUGUCGGUUCAGAGGGCGAAGUUUCAGAUGAAGGGCGCAUACGAUCCCGCGUUGAAGCCGAAGCGGAAAAAAAAGGACAAGGCGCAGAAGAAGAUGCAAGAAAAAUUAUUCGAUUGGCGACCGGAGCGCAUGCGGGGUGAACCGUUGAAGUGUGAAAGGGUUGUUAUUAUAAAGAACCUUUUCACCCCGGAAGAUUUCGACAAAGAGGUGCAGCUGCUUCUGGAGUAUCAACAGGAUAUCCGAUCCGAGUGUCUGAAGUGCGGGGACGUCAGAAAAGUCAUCAUUUAUGAUAGGCAUCCUGAAGGAGUAGCGCAGGUCACAUUCCGAGAGCCGGCAGAAGCACAAGCCUGUGUGCAGCUUUUGAACGGCCGUUGGUUCAGCAAGAGGCAGAUCUCGGCGGAGAUCUGGGACGGCAAAACCAAGUACAAAAUUACAGAAACUGAUGCAGAAAUUGAAGCGCGAUUGGAUAAGUGGGACAAAUAUUUAGAGCAAGAAGAUGAAGAAAAGGAGAAGGCGCGGGCAGCGAAAAGUAGUCGCGAAGAACAAAAAGGAUCGCAAUGAGAUUGCGUCCUGAAAUAAAAUUGUAAUAUUUUGCGAAUUCUAUUUUCUUGAUUUACAGAAGUACUCGUCGUCGUUUCAUUGAAUGUUGAACUCAAAGGUUUUUCCUUGGGCGUUUUAAUGAGAAUGCGAUGAUUAAUCGAUCCUGUCACAACGGCGUGGUUGUGAUUAUAAGUUGCUCGCAAUCUUUGUCGCUGAAUCGGCGCUACUGUUGCAUUAGUAAUAUAUUUUAGUCAUUGCAACAAUAAAGCUAUCUCUCCGA